GAGGUGAACGUCUUAAACCCCAGAGAAUCUGCACAGUGGUUUGCCAAUGUUCCAGUCUAGUCUAUCUCUGACUAAGGAGGUCAGCUAUACCCACUGUUUGGUGCUUUAGCUGUCACAAUAAUGCUGCCCCAAUUUUAAUUAGAACUUUGGAAAAAUAAGCAUGUGAACUUUCUCCCAUAGGCUAGUAUGAUUUAACUGAUUAAUAAAUUUUAUUUUUAAAGUUCUUUUCAACAGCUUUUAAAAAUCAUGUAUUUUACCAUGCAGUCAUAUAUAAAGAUGAAAGUUUAACAUUUGUGAAAUGAUUUGAGUUGAAAUUAAUGAAUUAGGUAUGGUACUAGUAAUUCUCAGUUCAAGUUAAUGAAGGUGGAAGGGAUAGCACCCAAAAUAGGAACUUCUGAAUGGUGCCAAAAACUCAUUUUAGCCCUUGGUUGUAAUGUCCUUGGAGCUUAUAAACAGGUGACAAACUGGAAUUUGAGCUUUUCAAAUUCUUUGCCCUUGUUCAAAAUAGGAAGAGAACUACAGCGGGCUUAAAUGUUCACAAGCUGGAUAAUUAGUCCCCUAAUGAAUCAGAGUUAAAUAUAGUUAUUAUGAUGGUCAUUUAAGUUUAUGUGCCCUUAGAUAUGAUUUACAAUUUUAAGUAUUAGUGAUAUGAAAACAAUUUCUAUUUAACUGGAAAAAGCCUAUGAAAAAUGUAUAUCUAAAUACCGAUUUAUAACAAUUGUUCUUAAAUCAGUUGUAAUAAUAAACAUGAAAUAUAACUUUAGAUGGGCAUGAGAAAAUUCCAUGGCUUUGCCUCCAAGACCUUUGUAACCUGGAGAUCAUCUUCAGUCUGCUCAUUUUAUGGCCCAGGAAGCUGAGGUCCUCCCCCCACCCCAGGGUUCUUUCAUUACACUGGGCCUUCUUAGACAACAUUUAACUGAGAAACAGUUUUUGUAAAUACUCAAACAGCCAUCAUCUUAACUGUUUGGCCUUUUUACAAACAGGUGAAAUCUACCAUUUAACAUUUUAUUUUACCACUUGAAAGUACAAAUAGUGACUUCAUUUUAAUAGUUGUUUUUUCUUCUUAUGCUUUUAAUGCUGUUAUGAUAGUCCUGUUCUACGGAGACCAGUAAAAGUACAGAUCACUCUCUCUAAAUUGCUGAGGAACCUAUAAGGAACUUGAAAUCCCCCCUUUUUGAAAUCCUGGAGACUACCAAGAAUACAGAGUGGAAAAGGGGGAAAAUUAAUUCUCAAUAGCAAAAAAUGAUUAGUGAAUUACCCAUGGGUAAUAGACCUAUGACAGGGCAUUAGAGAGUUAGGGUGCUCAGAAUAUAUAGCUCACAUUUUGAGGUUGAAGCAAAGGCACAUACCUGAAUCUGUAGUUUGUCACAAUAAUUCACUCAGCAAAUAUUUUUUAGCACCUCUAAGACAAGCGCUAGGAAUACAGCAGUGAACUAUGUAAUUAUGCCUUCAUUCUCGUAGAGUUAGCCAAUAAAUAAAAUAGAGACGGUAACAAGUAUUGCAGGGCAAUGUAAAACAGGAGAGGGGCAGGGUGUGCUGCAGUCAUGGGAUAUUUUCAGUUAUAAAUGGGGUGGUCAGGGAAGCCUAAGAAGUAAGGUAACAUUUGAGGUGGAGGGAACAAAAAGUAGGCCUGAGGUGAAAGAUAGGCAGGGAGAUCGGGCAGGUUAGGGAGAGGAGGGGAGAUACAGAUUGCCAGCAGCCUUGCCAGUGUUUUUUUAAGGACUUUGGCUUUUGCCUCCAGUGAGAAGGAAGAAACUGAAGGGUUGUUAGUAGUGAAGUGACAGGAACUGACAAGAAUGCUAAAUUCAAUGGGCUCAAGAUGGUAUUCCAUCGGUUCAUUAUUUUCCAUUAUUUUCCCACCAAGAGGGAAUUCCCUGGCGGUCACAAUCAAUCCCAAUUUAAUAAAGGAAGCAUGAAACACGCUGAGAUACAUUAUCCCAUCUUCUUACGAAAAUAUGAGAAGUCACGAGUACCUCCAAAUUAUUAAGUAUUAAAAGUACACUUUCAUAUAGACUAACAGGAAAGCACAAUCAGAAGGGAGGAUGUUUCAAAUUCUGGUUAAAAGUACAAGGUUAAAAAUCAGACAGAACUGGGUUGCAGUCCCAGCUAGACCACAUAGUGGCUGUGUGAUCUUGCGCAAUCUAUUUAUCUCUCUAUACCUGAGAGUACUCAUGUCUAAAAUGACGCCUGCCUCAUGAGGUUGUUGGGAAAAUUCAGCGAGAUAAUGUAAACUCUGAGUACAGGGCUGGAAGCACAGUAAGAGCUCAGUAUAUAUUAGUCUUCAUUAGCUAUAUCGAGCAAUUUAAUGAACUUAAGAAAAUCUAGAGUUGGAUUGUUAAAUCUUAUUUAGGAAAUUAUAACUAUAUAUACUUUGUAAAUUGUCAGUGAAUUGUUCAUGGUGAGAUGUCAGUCUGGGAAAAAGUGAAAUGAAGUCUGGAUAGGAGAGUGCAGGCUUCACUGCUAGGCCUGGCACUGUCACUGUAACCAGCUGUGUGACCUUUGGCAAAUUGCACCAUCUCUGGAUGUUCGUUUUCUCAUCUAUAAAUGAAGCAGAGCAGACUAGAAGAUUUGUAGAGCCUCUCCAGGGAAAACCUUCUAUGAGUUUCCUCUUUGCUGACUCCAGACUGUCAAUGGAGGAGCACUGUUGAACUUUGAAAUAUUGGCUAUUCAUAUUCAGGUUUUUACUUGUUACAUUCAAAACUUUGCAUUAGAGUCUCUAAGCAUUUUAUAAUUAAGUAGUAGACAUGAAAUUUGAACUAGUGUAUUACAGUUUUUGAAUUUUAAAUGGUACAAAAUACUCCCAUUUACUUUAGACUUGGAUACCACAACAGGCUAAAAGGUUUAAAGUAAAUGAUUUCUCCAAAAGCAAACCAGAGUCCCAAUGCCAUGGCUUGCUGUGCUUCCCGUUACUGCCGCAGUGUCCACACCGGCCCUGCCACCACCACCUGCUCAUCUGAAAAAUGCUGCCGACGUGGAGUCUGCCUGCCCAGCAUCUGCCCACACACGGUUUAGUUACCGGAGCCAACCUGCUAUGACAGCUGUCCCCCACCGUGCCGCAUUCCUCGGCCCUGUGUGCCCGCCUGCUUCGUGCUCAACUCAUCCCAGCCUACCCUAGGCCUGGAGACCCUCAGCCUCACAACCUUCACUCGGCCCUGCUGUGAGCUCUGCAUCCCAAGCUGCCGCUGACCGAUGACUGCCUCGCUCAGUGCCUGGAGAUAACACUGAAGCUAUCUAUUCAGCAUUCACUUGCCUCAGUAGUUUAUCAGACAUUGAGGCAGACCAGAUGGCCUAGAUAUGCACAACCUACCUUUCAUCUUAAUGGAAAGAAAAUCAAGAAAUUUUAAUGGUUAUUUGGCUAACCAUUUGGUUCAUUUGGGCAGGUGAAUGUCAUCUAUUAUCAAAAGUAUUGAUAUCUAUAAGACCUCAGACUGUUUGUUUGUUUUUUCUGUCUGCACAGCUUGUGGGAUUUUAGUUUCCCGACCAGGGAUAGAACCCAGGCCCUCAGCAGUGAGAGGGUAAAGUCAUAAUCACUGGACCUCCAGGGAAUUCCCCAGACCGUAUUUUGUUGGUCAUGUUGCUUCCUAGAUCCCAUUCCUUAUAUUGAGUAUUUUCAUAGAGGAAAAAUAAUUUCUUGAUGGGUUUUCCAAUAAACUUUAUUUCUGUGGCAAUAAAUAAAGUAAAUGGUUACUGUUUGAAUCAUCUCAUCUUUGAUGUUAUGAAUCUCUGUCUUCACAUAAAUUAUAUAGCUUCUGUAGAAUAAGAUGUGCCCAUUAGAAAGCUGCAGGAAAACUAGAAUAAUGUAGUUAAUAGUAAGAUAUCAGGGCUUUUCUGAUAACUAAAAUAUUUACCAGGUUAAGACUAAUUAACACUUACCAAAACUUAUACCGAGGCAGGUUGAGCAAUGAGGAGUUUAUAGAAAGUGCCCACUGUCACACGCUACUGGUGACUGGCCAGUAUCACAGUACCUAAUAAGAAAAGGUGAAGAAAAUAUUUAGACCAUCCUGAGCCUAACAGCCAAGAAUGAGAUGAAAGACUAAAGGGAUUAUUAUCUCAUAAACUCUCACCUUCUACUUUCGACAUAAUUAUCUGUCUCGAAGUUAGUCUAAGUUCCUUGAGGGCAAGGAGAGGAACUUGACUUUUCCAGCACCUGCGCCGUGUCUUCCAUCAACACCAAGAGGGAAUUCCCUGGCGGUCCGGUAGUUAGGACUCCAUGCUCUCACUGCCAAGGGCCCGGGUUCAAUCCCUGGUCAGGGAACUAAGAUCCCACAAGCCUGCAAGCUGUGCAGUGCAGCCAAAAAACAAACAAACAAACAAUCCCAAAACAUUCACCGAGAGCCUGGCACUGCACUGGGGAACAAGAUGGGGGCUCCGAAAUGAAAAUAUCCUCUAAAAAUGUGUGAACUAUACUGCAACCCUGACUUGAACUGAAGGAUUUUUGAUUGUAAGAGAGAGUUAUCAAAAAAUCAAGCAGAGGUUGUAAUAAUAAAGUUUAUUCAGCAGAGUCUUCUUGGCAUAACACCAGCAAAAUAACUAAAUAAAUAACAAGUA